AUGCAACGUCUUAUCAAAUUCCCUAAUCGAUUGUCCACUUUUGUAUGGUAUCGGACAUUGACUCAUGAUUCGAAUUCUUCAAGUACUAACACUCGAACGGCUCUACCAUUUUCAUUUGAUGAAAAUAAAGCACUUGAUUAUUUUAAUCGUUGGCGAAAAUCAUUUUGGUUGGCGCCUAAUGAUUGGCAACAAACACCAGUAACAAUUACUCAACGUUAUUUACCUUGUUGGUCAUUUUCACUUACAGGAACUGUAUUUGCUGAAGCUUAUAUAAAACGUGGUGCAUGGAUUUGGGGUGGUACUGAAUGGCAUCCAUUAGCUGAUGAAAUUUCUUUACCUAAUAUCAAUUUAUCUGAUAUUAAUGUAUAUGCUGCUCAUAAUUAUGAUCGACAACAUAUACUUGAAAUCGAUAUGAAAACUAAUGAAUCAUUAGAAUCAAUUGAUAUUUCAUCUUUAAAUAGUAAUUUAAUUGAAGAAUGGACUGUUGAUCGUGAUACAGCAUUUGAAAUCGGUUGGGAUUUACAAAUAGUUAAGAAAAUUCAAGAUAUGUGCAUAAAAGAAUUAAAUAAACAACGUAAAGGUGAAUAUCGUAUAACUUCCAUUCGUUUUCCAAUUAAUAAAGAAAUACAAAAAUUAAUCUAUUUUCCUGUUUAUACAAUUGAUUAUCAAUAUCGAAAUAGACAAUUACAAUGUUUAAUUAAUGGACGUACAGGACAAGUUGCUGGUUUAAGACAAUUUUCUCGAUUAAAAUCAACUGCAUUAAUUAUGGGAGUUAUUUAUCCAACAUGUAUAAUGUCAUUGAUAUCAAUUCUUUCAUUUGCUUUUUAUGCAACGACUCGACAUUUUGUUAUAGUACCAGUUGCUUUAUUUUCAAUUGGAUUAACAUUACCUGUUGUAUCAUUAGCUGCUUUACAAUUAGGUAAAUAUAUUCGAGAUUAUUCUCAUCUUUAUCGUGGAAAACGUGAUAUUCGUGAAUGGCUUGCUUUUAAAAAAGAAAAUCCAUAUAUUUUUACUGAGAAAAAUUUUCAACAAAGAGAUGCACCACCUAUUUUUAAUCGACAACGAACAGAAGAACCAAGAAAAGAAACAUUUGCAUUUGAUAUGGGUCCUGAUUUAUAUGGAUUAUUAGGUGUAAGUCGAGUUGCAUCCGAACCACAAAUCAAACGUGCAUAUUUAUUAAAAGCGAAAGAAUUUCAUCCUGAUCGAAAUGUUGGAAAUAAACAAAUCGAAGAACAAUUUAAAUUAAUUAAUCAAGCAUAUGCCAUAUUAUCGAAUACUGAACAGAGACAAAUAUAUGAUGAAUAUGGAUAUGAUCAUGUGAAAUAUAAAUGA